GAGCCGGUCAAGUGUUUUCUCGGAGGAAGCACCUUCGUGUCUUAGAAAGCAGAGAGCGCGCAGCUCCUUGUAUGUCUCGGCAGCUGGGACGUUCGGACAACAAAAUGUCAGUCAAUAAUGCUUUUCAAAUGGCUAACAUUCCAUGGAGGAAUAACACUUUUACCAUGUCAAAUAAAGACCCAUCUUUCUCGGAUCAAGGGGAGACCAUUAUAGGAGUAUACCUGUUGGUGCUAGGUUGGCUGUCGUGGUUCGGCAACAGUAUCGUGAUCUUUGUCCUGUACAAGCAGCGUGCGUCACUGCAGCCCACGGACUAUCUGACCUUUAACUUGGCCAUCUCCGACGCCAGUAUUUCCGUCUUUGGCUACUCCCGAGGGAUCCUGGAGAUCUUCAAUGUGUUCCGGGACAACGGAUACCUGGUUACCUCCAUCUGGACAUGCCAGGUGGACGGCUUCUUCACCUUGGUCUUUGGCCUCAGCAGCAUCAAUACUUUGACUGUCAUCAGUGUCACAAGAUACAUCAAGGGAUGCCAUCCGAGUAAAGCUCACUGCAUAACCAACACAACCGUAGGAAUGUGCCUAAUAUUCAUCUGGUUGGGGGCUGUGUUCUGGUCGGGUGCGCCCCUUCUGGGCUGGGGGAGUUACACAGAUCGUGGAUACGGAACAUGUGAAAUCGACUGGGCCAAAGCCAACUACUCCACCGUCUACAAGUCCUACAUCAUCUCCAUCCUCAUCUUCUGCUUCUUCGUCCCCGUGCUGGUCAUGCUCUUCACCUACGUGUCCAUCAUCAACACAGUGAAGCGAGGCAACGCCAUGGCCGCUGAGGGAGACCUGACCGACAGGCAGAGGAAGACUGAAAGGGACGUCACCAUUAUAUCCAUUGUCAUCUGCACAGCCUUCAUCCUGGCGUGGUCGCCGUACGCCGUGGUCUCCAUGUGGUCGGCCUGUGGCUUCCACGUACCCAGCCUCACCAGCAUCUUCACCCGCCUCUUUGCCAAGUCGGCCAGCUUCUACAACCCACUCAUCUACUUCGGCCUCAGCUCCAAGUUCCGCAAGGACGUCGCCAUCUUGCUGCCCUGCACCGGCGAUGGCAAGGACACGGUCAAGCUCAAGCGUUUUAAGCCGAAAGGUGAGGCUCACCAGGGCUCCGGAAGAGGCAAUGGACUCAAAGCACCUCCUCAUCACCAGAAGAUGAAGGAGAUGAAGUAUGCCCCUGGAAAUCCGUAUCCGCUCACGGCGCUUAAGGCGGCCCCAAGCCCAGAUUCGGGAGUGGGGAGCCCCCCCUGUACUCCUCCUCCUACCGCCAACAACGAGGUGUUCUUUAUCAACGUGCCCCAUCUGUCUGAUGGGCCAGAGUGGGAAUGCGACAGACUCUAAGAACAAUACAUUUGUUUUUUGUGUUACUUUUUUAUUUGAAAACACAUGGGAAUUUACUUGAAAGGGGGCUACUUGAAUUUUAGGGGAUUAUGUUAAGGAUAAAUAUUUUUGUAUUUGAUUUGUGUAAGUAUGUAUACCUGUUGAUACAGUUAGUUAUUUUCUUAAUGAAUUGUGUUUAUACUUGUGAAUAAAACUGUUUCUAU